AGGAGUUAUUGAGAGCUUGAGGGAUUUUUCUAUAUUUAAACAAAUACUCCACUUUGUUCUCAUUCUCAACCCUCCAUCCCAUUUGUUUUUCAGACUUUAGACCCAUCAUUCGAUACAGAAAACAAAGGAAAGAGAGCAAAUAUGGAAGGAUCUAAGUCCAGGUUUCAGAGAAUUUGUGUCUUCUGUGGGAGCAGUUCAGGCAAGAAAGCUAGCUAUCAAGAAGCAGCUGUUGAGUUAGGCAAGGAACUGGUGGAAAGAAGGAUUGAUUUGGUCUAUGGAGGUGGUAGCGUGGGAUUGAUGGGUCUUGUUUCUCAGGCAGUUCAUGAUGGUGGGCGCCAUGUUCUAGGAGUUAUUCCAAGGACUCUAAUGCCCAGAGAGAUAAUUGGUCAGACUGUUGGGGAAGUAAGAGCAGUUUCUGAUAUGCAUCAAAGGAAAGCUGAGAUGGCACGUCAAGCUGAUGCCUUUAUAGCCCUUCCAGGGGGCUAUGGCACCCUUGAAGAAUUGUUGGAAGUCAUUACAUGGGCGCAGCUUGGUAUUCAUCGCAAACCUGUGGGCCUUUUGAAUGUUGAUGGCUACUAUAAUUCAUUGUUGUCUUUCAUUGACAAAGCCGUUGAUGAGGGCUUUAUAUCUACUACUGCACGGCGCAUUAUCGUUUCUGCACCAGCUGCCAAGCAAUUGGUCAGACAACUUGAGGAAUACGAACCAGAAUACGAUGAAAUAACUUCGAAGCUGGUAUGGGAGGAAGUUGACAGACGAAAUUAUGUGCCUGGAUCAGGAGUAGCUACCUCAUAGCCAUCGGAGUAUAUGCAAAUGGAUCAUUUUGAGCUUUUUGCUUAUUUGGUAUAUACUUACUCGUAUACGGUGUAAAAUACCGUACAUGUGGAGCACAGUGAGUAUGUAGGUGGUUUCGUUUUUGGAACUCGGUCAGCACAUUGUCUCUAUCAAAUGAGAAAAGAAAAUGUAUACGUGUUUGUGGAGAAAGAAAAUGUUUGUUUCUUUCCCUUUUUUGUGAAAACUGAGAAGAAAGGAAUCAGUUCAGUGAAAUAGCUUUUUAUAUA